AUGUCCAGCCAGCGUGCCUUCCCGAACGUUGUUGUGAAGGCGGACCCCGCUCUUUGCGAAGACUGUCAGUUGCUCUUCAAAGACAUCAUAUCAGGUCCCGAUCUACUAGACAGCCGGUGGGAGACGGUACAGUCCGACCACAAUACUCUUACCCAUUUGAAAACCCAUCUCGAUAAUUACUUGGAUUCUCUUCGACGAUCUGCCAAGGGCGGUUGCGGUCUUUGCAAAAUUUUGACGCAAGAGCUCGGUGCCGGUGUUGGAACUGCUUCCACGUCUACCUAUAGCAUCUUUUUCUGGGGAACAAUCCCUCAAAGGUGCGAGUUCAAAGUCGCUCUGGGUACGGCGAGCCACUUCGUCAGACAUAUCAAAGAAUGGGAGCAUCGGCCAGUAUCAAUCUUGUUCUUCCGGAAAAAUGGAAUUUACGACAGCCCGUCCAUUCCCAGCAAUGUGCAGACUGCCCGGCACUCAGCCUUGCACGUACUCCCAGAUCCAGACCCGGGAUCCGAAGCAGCUUUUCAGCGAGCGAAGCAUUGGUUAGACAACUGUAUGAACAGGCAUGAAAGGUGUGCACGGGCUCCCAGUUCUCUUCCAAAACGUGUGGUGGAUCUUGGAACGUCAGAGGAUCUUUCGAGCAUUAAGUUGUACGUCACCCAGCGCGAACCUGCCCCUUACAUGACGAUUUCCUACAAGUGGGGCGAAGACCACCCGUUGAGAACGCGGAAUAGCAACUUAGAACAGCGAUGCGAAGGAAUCCCUCUCGAAGCUUUCCCGCGGACGCUAAGGGAUGGUGUUGUCAUCGCAAAGACUCUUGGUUUCCGAUAUAUCUGGAUUGAUUCUCUCUGUAUCAUUCAGGGAAACAAGCUUGACUGGCAUCAGCAGUCCGGAGAGAUGACUGCAAUUUAUGGCAAGUCCUUGUUAAACAUCUCGGCGAGCAGCGCAGAGUCAAACAGGGCUGGAAUACUAAGAACGCGUCCGGAGCAGAAGCUCAGGGUCGGCUUCUGGUUUCAUUCACACUCUGACGGACAUUAUGAGACAAUCUACGGGGGCGGUCCCAACAAAACCCUAGAUCUCGAAAAGAAGGAGAUCUCCGAACGAGGCUGGGUAUUUCAAGAAAGACUGGUUUCACCCGCAACCCUGCACUAUACCGACGAGGGAAUGCUUUGGGAAUGUGUGAGCGGUCUCUUUCUAGAACACCACCAGAAUGUCUCUCAAGUCAAGUGGAAAGAAGACUGGAAGAUUGCCAUAGAUGGCGGGCAUGCUCUUGUCCCACAGCCAUCGAUUGGGAAGGGGAAAAGAAAGACGAAGGACCCUCACAGGAGUUGGAAGGAUUGGCUCUGUGCUUACUCUGAAAGAAAUCUGUACGAAUUUGAGGACAAAUUCCCGGCCAUGGCAGGCGUUGCCAAAACAUUCGCCACUACAUUCGGUCUGCGAUAUGCUGCAGGCUUAUGGCGGGAAAACAUGGUCUCUGGGUUGAUGUGGAGACGGUUCAACCGCACGAGUAGCCUGAUUCGGUUCAAAGGUCGGUACAUUGCGCCGAGCUGGAGCCCCUUCUCUGUAAAGGGCCGACUUGAAUAUCGGCAUGUCGACCUCUUCGCGUCUGAGGCUGGUCCUGUGCUAGAUAUCAUCAAAGUCAUGGUCGAGGAAGAAGACCCUGGCAGCUGUGGCCAGGUUAUGGGUGGUGAGAUCGUCGCCAAGGGCCUUUUACAACCUGUCGUUCUGGACAGAAAUCUCCAUCCGUAUGUCAGAAAGAGGGACUUUCAAGAGUGUGGCGUUGUCGAGGGCUUUAAGAACUGCGUCAAUGUCUAUUGCAUGCUUGAUGAGUAUGAUGACAAGACCUCCGAUCCGUUAUACCAUUGUUGGUGCUUGAGGCUGGGGUCGUUUGACUCUGACGACCUAGUUGCCGACAUGUUCUUGUUGCUGAAAGAGGAAGACUUAUCCAAGCACAUCUUUCGACGCGUUGGUCUUGCAGAGACUGAUGCUCGGACCGAUGUAAAGAACGUCACCCGGCAGUCUGGUUUGCUGUCGCAGCCGGUGUUUACAGAAGUCACUUUGCUCUGA